GCCCGUCGUGAUGUGCGGGUCCUCGUAUGAAUAUGUAUUGCAACGAUGACGGCGGUAACGAUUGAAAGGCGCCGGGAGAGCAGGUGAAGGCGGAGAAGAAGGCGAGCGCAUCCGCACGACUCCAAAAAUUUUAAACACACACGUACUAUUCUCACAGCUACCGGCGGCGCGACUCGACUCGCGACUGACUGACUCACUGUGAGGUCUGACUGACCGGACCGGACUGAACUGGACCGAAAUAAAAUGUGCAACGGGAGACGAGCACCGCGACGACGGAAUCGCCUGGGGUGCGUUCCAAAACUUGACUGUUAACUCCGAAUAUCUUUUAGCUUUGUUCAGCAUUCGGUGAACAAUAAAGAUAAAAUAAUACUCGGAACAUUAGUAUACUCGGAUUAUGAUAGAGUAGAGUUUUACGACCCUGAGUGAACGGAGCGAAGUUAGCGUACAAUCGCGCGAUGCGAUAACGCUGAUCAACUCAAUUUAUAUACUAUGCGGGAAACGAGAGGAAGAGGGAGAUGUUGAAGGCGUGUUUACAAACAGAAAUGGCAAGUAAAACGAAAAUUAUUAAUCUGACUAGGAUGUCCAGAAUAUUUCAAGGAACGAGCCGAUCGUUCGAUAGCGUAGAAAAGACAGAUAUCAUAUCUAAAAGUCAUAAGUUAAUGAUUAAUUGUGGAAUUAUUAAACCACUUAGUAUUGGCAUGUAUGCUCUAUUGCCAUUAGGAAUGCGAAUUUUAAAUAAAUUAAUUGAUAUUGUUGACAAAGAAAUGACAAAUAUUGGCGCACAAAAAAUACUACUUCCAGCAUUAACUCCUGCUGCGCUGUGGAAGAAAACUGAUAGAUAUGAUUCCAACAAAACCGAAUUGUUUACAGUUAUGGAUAGACACAAAAAAGAAUAUAUAUUGAGUCCAACACAUGAAGAAGCAAUCUGUGAUUUGAUAUCGUCAGCAGGACAAACUGUCCAGAUUUCCACUAAAUUAUUACCCUUGAAGUUAUAUCAAAUUUCUAGCAAAUGGCGAGACGAAAUGAAACCACGGCUUGGUUUCCUACGUAGUCGAGAAUUUAUCAUGAAAGACUUAUACACAUUUGAUACUAACUUGGACAAUGCACGACAUACGUAUGAUUUAGUCUGCGAGUCUUAUAAUAAUAUUUUUAGGCAGAUUGGUAUAAAAUAUACAAAAAGCAUAGGUGAUAUGGGAACAAUUGGAGGUCUGAUGUCACAUGAAUAUCAUUACGUGUCUGAUAUCGGUGAAGACACGAUACUUCAGUGUCCAUCAUGUCAUUUCUCUAUUAAUCAAAGUAUUUCUAAGACGACGAGUUGUCCAGAAUGUAAAAAUGAAUUACAUUCAUAUACUGCUGCUGAGGUAGGGCAUACAUUUUUAUUAGACACAAAGUAUUCACGGCCAUUAGGAGCGAUGUUUAUGGACCAGAAUAAACCGACACCUAUGGUAAUGGGCUGCUUCGGUCUAGGAUUAAGUCGUAUCAUUACAUUAGUUGUCGAAACUUUGUCAAUAAAUGAUGAGAUGAGGUGGCCUGUAAAGUUAGCACCAUAUACAGUAUGCAUCAUACCACCAAAGGCUGGAAGCAAAGAAGAAAGUACAUCUGUAUAUAUUGAACAGCUAUUUGAGAUAUUCUACAAACGCAAUAUUGAUACAAUAUUGGACGAUCGCACGCAUUACACGAUUGGUAAACGAUUAGUGUUAGCGCGUCAAUCGGGUUAUCCUUAUAUAAUUGUCAUUGGCAAAGCGGCAACCCAAUCGAUUUCUUUAUUUGAAAUUCAUGAUGUGAAUAAUUCAACUUAUCAUGAAUUAUCCUUAGAUCAGAUAAAUGAUUAUUUCGAUAAUAUAAAUAUUAAAGAUUAGAGAU